AUGUCAAGAUGGGGAGGGGGCACAGGGGAUCACUACCCCUAUUUACCUCCUCAUCCGGCUCUGCAUACAGAACUCGACCUCGACAUCAUGCCCAUAGCGAUCCCCCUUGACACCUUGUCCAUCCACCCACUCCCUCUUAAAAAGGUCAUUCCCUUUCCACCUCGUAUAUCGAAAGAUCCUUUACCCGUUGAUAUCAUACGUCGGAUAUCCUCCAAUCUCGCUCAAGAUGGGUAUCUCGGAACGGUAGCACGUAUACAUAGUUGCUCGAAAGAGGUAUACACCGCUAUCACGCCUAUACUCUACGAAUCACUUCACAUCAAGAAGGGUAGAUCAGAUCAUCUACUGUCAGUUGUCCCUCUGCAAGACCCUGUUGUCAAUAGCGUACAACAUGAUCCACUCGUUGAUGAUACCUUCUUCACCUUGUCAGAGUCAACCACCCGACGCUUAGCGGCUUUCCAACAUGUUCGUCACUUGAUCAUCCACUCAUUACCCUCUGAUAUCCUCUCCAAUCAAUUCUCGACAUCCAUCGAAUCGUUAUCAUCAUUAGCAUUUCCCAAAUUAUCCUCUGUCCAAUUGCUCCCCACAGCUACCGACGAAAUCCGUUCCUGGUCCCCACCGACGUACGAUCGACCUCGUAAUCCCCCUUUCCUCGAGACCCUCGUUACCACCUGUCAACCCACCCAAUUAUGUAUAUCAUUCCCUAUCGUGUUAUCUGAGAAUUGGGAAUUACAUCGUGAUUUGACCGUGUCAGGUCAGUAUCAAUUCAUCUCACGUAUCGCCAAACUACAUCAAGAUGGAUUAUGGAAGGAUAGUCUGAAAGUAUUCAACGUCCAUAAUAUCGUUCAUCAGGUUUUACCUUCUUUACCCAGCGUGAUCAACAACUAUCAUUUCGGAUCGCAUAUCACAGGGUCUAUCACUCGACCAAUCAUUCAUCCACCAGGUGUCCAAUCGGUGUAUAUACCAGGUAUUCAGUGGUCCUAUAGGGCAUGGCAAAUUGGUAAAUUGAUCAAAAACCUGUUCCCAUCCGGUACUACCAACGCACCUGAGAUAAUCCAAAAGACAAGAUGGAACUUUAUCAAUGUCAAAGGACAUAUCUUGACCAAGAUGUUCAGAGAUGAUGACGAUGAAUCUGGAGUGGGUCACGAUGAAGUGAUGGAUCUGAUCAGGAACGCGGUGAAAGUUGGAUUACCACAGGAUUUACCACUCAGAGAAGGGUUUGAUAAAGAGUUGGUGAAUGACGUUUUGGAUGCUAUCGCGUAUGAGGAUAAAGGGGAGUGUGAGGUCUGUCACUGUGAGUGA